CUGCCCUUCCAGCAGCAUCUCACCUUCAACCGGCCAGACGCGCAUCCAAACCGCGGCGAAGACGGACCAAACGCAAGCGCCGAAUAAACCAGCAGAGGGACGCGAUCGCCACCAAAAGCCGACUGAUUCAAUGAUGUAGGGGGGUCGUUUUGCGUUUUUUUUAAACAUCCAAUCUGAGCCUGCCCGCCUCACUGCGACACGGAAACACCAUCCAGCUGCGCAUAAAUAAAUUGCAGCCUCUUUCAGGUUGCCAGGAUAAAAAGAGAAGCAACAAAACCUCCCUCUCCUCUCCUCUGAGGCUUUUACGCGUCAAAGGACAAGAAAUCUGUGCGCAUCUCUCUUCCGAUCAGGCCCCGAUCGCCUCCCAGCCUUCAGCAGCAUCCUUCCUCUCAAGCAAGAAAGCAGCAGCAGCAUCAUCCUCCUCCUCCUCCUCCAAUCUGCGCAAUGGCCGAUGUCCCAGCGGAGUGCAACAUAAAAGUGCUGUGUCGCUUUCGUCCCCUGAACCAGUCGGAGAUCAUACGCGGGGACCAGUUUGUGCCCAAAUUCCAAGGAGAUGACACGGUCCUCGUCGGGGGGAAGUCCUACGUGUUUGACCGAGUGUUUCCGACCAACACCACCCAGGAGCAAGUGUACAACACCUGCGCCAAGCAAAUUGUCAAGGAUGUGCUGUGUGGAUACAAUGGCACUAUCUUCGCAUAUGGACAAACCUCCUCCGGGAAGACUCACACGAUGGAGGGCAAACUCCACGACCCUCACCAGAUGGGCAUCAUCCCUCGCAUCGCUGAGGACAUUUUCAACCACAUCUUUGCCAUGGAUGAAAACCUUGAAUUCCACAUCAAGGUUUCCUACUUUGAAAUCUACAUGGACAAAAUCCGUGAUCUUCUGGAUGUGACAAAGACCAACUUGUCCGUGCACGAGGAUAAGAACAGAGUGCCGUAUGUCAAGGGAUGCACUGAGCGCUUCGUCUCCAGCCCCGAUGAAGUUAUGGAUGUCAUCGACGAGGGCAAAUCUAACCGCCACGUUGCUGUGACCAACAUGAACGAGCACAGCUCUCGCAGCCACAGCAUCUUCCUGAUCAACAUCAAACAGGAGCACGUGGAGACUGAGCAGAAGCUGUGUGGAAAACUCUACCUGGUGGAUCUGGCCGGCAGCGAGAAGGUCAGUAAGACCGGCGCUGCAGGUGCUGUUCUGGAUGAGGCUAAAAACAUCAACAAGUCCCUUUCUGCUCUCGGAAACGUCAUCUCUGCUUUGGCUGAGGGCACGAAAACUCACGUGCCGUACCGUGACAGCAAGAUGACCCGCAUCCUGCAGGACUCCCUCGGUGGAAACUGUCGCACCACCAUGUUCAUUUGCUGCUCUCCCUCCAGCUACAAUGAUGCAGAGACCAAGUCGACUCUGAUGUUCGGACAACGCGCCAAGACCAUCAGGAACACCGCCUCCAUCAACCUGGAGCUGACAGCCGAGCAGUGGAAGAGGAAGUACGAGAAGGAGAAGGAGAAGAACAAGACCCUGAAGGAGACUAUUCAGAAACUGGAGAUUGAGCUCAACCGCUGGAGAAAUGGAGAGGACGUGCCAGAGACCGAGCAGACCACACCCGAUGUGGUGACCCGUAUCGAAGCUGUGGAGGAGCGUCCCAUUCUGGACAAUGACACCUCCUCCAUUGUGGUCCGCAUCUCUGAAGAGGAGCGCCAGAAGUAUGAGGAGGAGAUCCGCAAGCUGUACAAGCAGCUGGAUGACAAGGAUGAUGAGAUCAACCUGCAGUGCCAGUUGGUGGAGAAACUGAAGCAGCAAAUGCUGGACCAGGAUGAGCUCCUGGCCUCAUCCCGGGGUGAUGGGGACAAGGUCCAGGCUGAACUGGGCAGGCUGCAGGUAGAGAGCGACUGCGCCAAGGCCGAGGUGAAGGAGGUGCUGCAGGCUCUGGAGGAGCUGGCCAUCAACUACGACCAGAAGAGCCAGGAGGUGGAGGAGAAGGGCCUGCAGAACCAGCUGCUGGCCGACCAACUGGCUCAGAAAAUGGCCAGUCUGAUGGAGCUGGAGGCAGAGCUGUCUCGUAUGCAGGAAGUGAGCGGUCAGCAGAGGAAGCGCAUCGCCGACGUCCUCAACGGCCUGAUGAGGGACCUCAGCGAGUUCAGCACCAUCGUGGGCAAUGGGGAGAUAAAGCUGCCGGUGGAGAUCAGCGGUGCGAUCGAGGAGGAGUUCACCGUGGCUCGCCUCUACAUCAGCAAGAUCAAGUCGGAGGUGAAGAGCAUGGUGAAGCGCUGCCGCCAGCUGGAGAACAUGCAGCUGGAGUGCCACCGCAAGAUGGAGGAGACCGGCAGGGAGCUCUCCUCCUGCCAGCUCCUCAUCUCCCAGCACGAGGCGAAGAUCCGCUCUCUGACGGAGUACAUGCAGAGCGUGGAGCAGAAGAAGAGGCUGCUGGAGGAGAGCCACGACUCACUGAGCGAAGAGCUGGCCAAGCUGCAAGACCAGGAUAACUCGAUUAUGGAUGAGAAGGAGGGAGAGAAGGGAGAGACUGAGGAUGGAAAUGUGAAGAAAACUCUCCGUCAGCAGGGGGAGUCCCACCGCGGCCUCCAUCACAAGCAGCUGGCUCGCCUGCGGGAUGAGAUCAAUGAGAAGCAGAGGAUCAUUGAUGAACUCACUGAUCGUAACUCCAAGCUGGAGCUGGAGCUCGCUCAGGUUCGCGCUGACUUUGAACGUCUGAAGAGUCAGGACAGCACCAAGAGCGAGCGCCUGGAGGAGCUCUCAUUCCUGCAUGAGCGCCAUGAGCAGACCAAACAGGACUUGAAGGGUCUGGAGGAGACCGUCGCCCGCGAACUCCAGACCCUCCACAACCUGCGCAAGCUGUUCGUUCAAGACCUCACGUCGCGGGUUAAAAAAAGUUCCGAAAUGGAACCUGAUGAUAGCGGGGGGUCUUGCACCCAGAAGCAGAAGAUUUCCUUUCUUGAGAAUAACCUGGACCAACUUACAAAGGUUCACAAACAGCUGGUUCGUGACAAUGCAGAUCUGCGUUGUGAGCUUCCAAAGUUGGAGAAACGUCUUCGGUCUACUGCUGAGAGAGUUAAGGCCCUGGAGACUGCACUGAGGGAUGCCAAGGAGGGCGCCAUGAUGGACCGCCGCCGCUACCAGCAGGAGGUCGACCGCAUCAAAGACGCCAUGAGGGCAAAGAGCGCCCUAAGGCGCCCCCAUGCAGCACAGAUCGCCAAACCAGUGAGACCAAAGCAGCUGCCAGUUUGCUCUCCCACCAACCCAUUCUACACCUACAUCCGAGCCACUGAACACGCCAACACCUACAGCAAUGCCCUCUUCCAGAGCAGCAUGACACAGCCGAGCUCCUCCAGCGCCAACUGCAACCCCAACUCUGUCCAGAGCAACACAGUUUCCACAGCACUGGGCUACAGAGCAGGAAGAUAUAAUGGAGACAUCCUGGAGUCCUACCCGCUCAACAUUGACAACGGUAACAGCAUCAGUGAAACCAGAGACAUCAAUGAUAACAGGAGUGACGUUCACUGCGGCAGCGAGGUGGAUGAUUCAAACAGGCACUACAUCAUUCAGCAGGAGACUGCUGCAAGUUAAUGCCAUGAAGACGACCAAACACUGUACCUGUCCAAGGACCCUCCCCUCCCAUUUGCAUGCAGCCUGUCUCCCCCGUCCCUCCACUGCAACACCCAUGAAGAUGAAGAUCUGUAGCCCUGUAGUCUUCUGAUUAGAUGAAGCCCCUCCUGCUCCUAUGGUGACCACUCUUGCCCUCAGGUUUGGGGUCCGGUCCCUUCCAGUUCCAUCAGUAGUAGAAGUAAAAUAAAUCAGUUUUUUUAAAAUACUGAGCAUCCACUAAAUCAACUCAUUGGUUCCUCACUCAGCCAGUUUGUCACCAGAUAUCCCUGAGGUUGAUUACCUCCUGCGGUGCUUGAACUGAGACGGGCCGGACCCCCUACCUGAUCACUUAGUACACAUGUUGUAAAUAAUAGUGCUGUAUACUCCAGUAGAGGUUUUUGACCAGCAACUGUUUGUGUGAAACGCACAGCCUUCCCCAUCCCCUGCACACAUCUUCUUAAGGGCAUCAUGUGGGUGACAUACUGUAGGCAGACAUGACCUUUUUCUCCGUCGUAAAUAAGAGUGUAGUGCGUAACACCAGCUUGUAACAGAAGACCCACACUCUGCGUGCAUGUCGCUUAGCGGGUUAGCUUUCAAAUCUUUGCAUGUGUCAUGAUUCCAGUCGGGAGAAGGUAUGCUGCGAGUGAAGUGUGAUCGACUUCGACAGAUGCCAGAGAAGGAAACCUGUUUCCCCUUAAUCCUGAUCCUGGUCUCAAUGUUUCAGAUUUUCUAUUUUAAAGUAGAUUUGAAUCCAAGACUGGGUUAAACACAGAAAAGAAUAAGAAAAAGAAAAAAAAACAAGCUCUACUUUUAAUUUAACUGAAAAGAAGUCAUGCCGGGGAAUCCAGGCUUGCAGUCUGUAUCGAGGAAUCAUUUUGUAUUUGCUUUGAUACUGUGAUGUUGCAGCUGUAUGAUGCCACUGUACACUUAAAGCAACGAUGCCCACAUUCAUUUAAUGUGGCUCUUUUCCUUGUGAGUCUUCUUACAAAGCCUUAACAAGAACUGAAUUCUCACAAUCAAACUAACACGCUGUCAUUUGCAUACAUUUGUAAUUACUACCUCUAGAGCUGCUCAUGAUAUACCCCUCCUGCAGUAUUCUAAUGUAUCAUCCUUUCAAAUAAGAGCUGAUCUUAGAGUUUCUAUGGAAAGUUGCAACUUUAGAGCAUCAAUACUUGUAAGUAGAUUUAAACGCUCUUAUCACAGCUGUAGUUAUCCUCUCCUGCAAGUACGUUCAUACACCUCUCCGCCAUAUAAUAAGAUCAGAGCUGGGCUUAAAUGGUGCUUGCAAGAAUUUCUUCAUGAAGCAAAUCAACAGACGUUCUUGAACUUUUAAGACUGAAGUUAUAGUGCAAACGUCUAUCUCUCUUUCUCUACAAGUUACACACGUUUUUUUUAAAAAAUUAUUUUAAAACGUACCUGAAGUCAGAACUUUUUAAGACUGUAAGGAUGCAGUUUAGUGGUUCGGGAGUGAGUCUCCAGCUGAGCAGCCACCAGUCUGGGACACUUUGACAGACAUUUGUAGCUUGUUGUCAGGAUGUGCUGUUGUUCUUCUGCAACGAAUCCUGACCAGCCAAUCAGGAUAGAAGAAGCAGCACGUCUUAGGUGGGAAAUGAUGGAUAAAUGAUGGCGAAUCGCUGAAUUAAAGGACAGAUCAGAGUGAAAGCGUGUAGCAAAACAACACAUCUACGUGAGAGAAAGAGUUCAUUUUUGAGUUCCAUUUACGUUUACACUUUGAUCAGACUUAUUUCAAAUGGAUCUGAUUUGUGUCUUCAGAGUUUAAUUGAGCAUCUGUGACCCCCUUAAAUAUUAGAUUUUAUACUCAAAAAUACGUAUUUAUGUAAAGUUGGUGGGUUAUAUUCCUUAACAGGACCCCGGUAUGUAAAUUGUACGACCUUCCCUAUUCAUGUAUUUAACAUCCGUCGCGGCACCACUCGGCCUGUUGCUCUUGCUGGCAUUAACAACAUCUCAGGGCUUGACAUCCACAAUCAUAGCAGCCAUGGGUCACCGCCAUUGUCUUCCUCCUACGACUAUGUGAUUUUUUCUGAUCAGGUCAGUGUGUCCUCUUCAAGGCUAAGCAGAGGAAUGGGGUGACAAAUUUAAUAUUACAAAAAAAAAAAUACUGUACAUAUAUAACAUUUUCAUUCUACCACAUGACAUCUACAAUGAAAUAAUCUCUCAUCUGCACCUGGUCAGACCCUACUGUACGUGUCCAAACAGACCCUCUAUUUGACAUCAUGUUUUAAGUGUAAUAAAUCUGAAUUAUGGGGGGGGGGAGUGUGUACUAUACUGUCACCUGCUGUUACACUGUCUGAUUUCAACAUAUCUAAAAUACAUGUGCUAUAUAUUGUUAAUCUUGUAAGUACAAUAGCGUGCCGCGACAUAGUAAGAUGCAGAGAGAAAGGUGCACGCUAACUUUGUUCAGAGAAAUGUUUGUUUUAUUUAUUUCUGUAUGCCUAUACUGUAGCGUCAAACAUGAUUAAGUGAAGAAUCACCGUGCAGAACUCCUGUAUAUAUACUGUAGACUCAUCACUAUGCUGUAUUGUAUGUGAACUACUGUGUUGUAGUAAAAAGUUCAAUAAACUUGUAGAAAGGAGUUUG